CUCCUUGCAUCAUCCCGGUGAUUGCGCGUUCACCUGGAAACGCCAUUUAGUAUCGACAUGAGACGCCCUGGCACUUUCUGGUUGAAAUUCUAGCAAGCUACCUUUACAGCAUAGAAAGAUGACUGUUAUAGACUUAUUGGAACCUUGUGUUUUCCCAUCACUUAACAGCACCGCCGCUGGGCCAGAGAUAUGGGGCAGUUUGGAGACACCAACGCCCUUCACCCUCAGGAUACUCGAGCACUGCCGGGAAGUGGGAUCGGAGCCUUCUAUAUUUCUAUCAGCUAUCUGGUCUGUUCUGCUGUCUGUUUACGUCGACACCAAAGUGGCAAAGAUAUGGUGGUCUGGGGGUCCAGGCAAACACCACACCGAGUCAGCUGGAAAGCAAUGCAUGGGAUCGGGGUUGAGGUCCAUCUCCCUGGCAGAUAAAAGGACUUUCAAAGACCUUCUCCAGCGUCAGUUCUGGUCGAAGCAGCCUGCGUCCGAUAAUGACGAUGUAUCCAACACCGGGAUCCUCAUACUUGAAGCAUCGGAUCACACCCUCAAUUGGGGCAGGGAGGUUGACCAGUUGAAAAACUGUGAAGUCCUUUUGAAGUUGCAGGCAUGUUCCGGACAGAGCAGCCUCAGUUUAUCCUAUCGAACAAGCAUAUUGUCCGACUUCCACGCAGCCAGUCUGCUAGACACGGUCCAGCAAAUCGCCAGCGCCGCAAUUGAAAACCCAGAGCAGCCUUUAGCCGAAUUGAGAUUCAUCGGCCAGCAAGACCUCACCAAAAUAACGACCUGGAAUGCCCAUGAGAUACGCGAGGCCGACUGUCCCAUGCACGAGAUCAUCCAUAGACGUGCGGUAGACCAUCCACAGGCAAUGGCCGUAGAAGCCUGGGAUGGAAGGUUAACAUAUGCUGAGCUGGACCAGAUGACAUCUCACCUGGCUGCUCAUCUAAUGAAAGCCGGGGUCGGUCCUGGUACAUUUGUGCCACUCUGCUUUGAAAAGUCGUUUUGGGCAGUCCUAGCGGCACUGGCGGUGAAUAAGUCCGGCGCAGCAUUCGUUCCUCUAGAUCCGGAAAUCCCUACUGAGCGUGCUGAAGCGAUUAUCAAGCAGACGGGUGCCAGGUUCAUUCUAGCUUCCGAUUUGCAAGCUGCUUCGCGGAGGAAAACUGGAUAUGUGGUCCUUGUUCCGUCAGAGUUGAUGUCAAGACCAGGUAUUGAUGGUGCAUUACUUCCAGAUAUUGCAAAUCAACUAAACCUACCGGCAUAUUGUCUUUUCACAUCCGGAAGCACAGGGACACCGAAGGGCUGCGUGGUCAGCCAUGCAUCGUUUGCCAGCGUUGUAUACCAUGGCCCACAAUUGCAGAUCCGCCCUGCUACUCGUGUUUUGCAAUUCGCUUCUUUCAGCUUUGGUAUCUCGCUGAUCGAAGUCUACUGUACCUUGAGCUGUGGCGGAACUACCUGUAUCCCUUCGGAUACGCAGCGCUUGAACUCUCUAGCACAGGCAAUCACCUCAAUGAACGUUGAAUGGGCAAUAAUGACACCUACCGCUCUCGAUUCCCUCUCGCCCAGCGAGGUUCCAACCUUGGGAACCGUAAUAGUUGGCGGCGAGCCAAUACAGGCGGUUCAGGCUAACCUGUGGGCACCAGAAGUCCUCCUUUUCCAGGCAUACGGCCUUACAGAGUGGGCUGGGAUCCUUAGUGUAUCCAACCCAAUCCGACCAUGCAACCCAGCGCCCAAUGUUGGGUUCCCCGUGAAUGGGAAAGCAUGGCUUGUGGAUCCAAAUGACCGGACCAGACUUCAGCCCGUCGGAGCUGUUGCAGAACUCAUGAUUGAAGGCCCGACUCUGGCACAGGGUUACCUAAACAACCCAAAGAGCACCGCUGCCUCGUUUGUAUUACCGCCAUAUGGCAUGCAGGCUAUUGGCGAGGUCAGCACUUCUCACAACAGACGGCUGUAUGCCACUGGAGACCUAGUGCGGUACAAUAUAGACGGUAGCAUUAGGCACAUGGGCCGUAAGGAUGGUCAGAUCAAAAUCCGCGGGCAGCGUAUAGAGGUUACAGAAGUCGAGUUUGCUUUACGUCGGGUGCUCCCUCGUGCGAAACAGGCAAUGGUUGCUAGGGUCCGGACUGCAUCCAACGGCCUACUGUCUCUCGCAGCCUUCAUAUUGGAAGGCCAGGGAGAUGAGGCCCCAAAUAUAACCGCGGGAUCAUCGGUUCUGGCAGAUCCUAGUUCCGAUUUCCUACAGCGGAUCAGAGCUGCCAAGGAGAAGCUUGUGGAUAUUCUGCCGUCAUAUAUGAUACCUGCAAUUUUCUUGCCUCUUCGUCACUCGCCGCGAACUGCCACUGGGAAGACAGACCGUCGCCGCUUGCAGAAAGAGGGAGAUUCACUUUCCGUGGACCAGUGGAAGCAAUACACAACGGAGCACACAGGAAAUAACGAAGACCGGCCCCUAUCUCGUACAGAGCAACGGAUUUCACGGAUAUGGAGCAAGUUGUUUCGCUUGGAUGCCGGUCAGAUAAAGGCUAGCGACGACUUCCUUGCACUGGGUGGUGACUCGAGCGGUGCCAUGAGACUUGUGGCAAUGGCACGGGGCGAAGGUCUUAUAUUGACAAUUGCCGACGUGUUGUCCUCUCCACGACUGGAGGAUCUGGCGCAGAAAGCAACCAUUUCUUCCGAUCACUCAAUUCCAAAUGGUAUAUCCGAUUCAGCAAACAGCCAUCACGCGACUGGACAGUCUCUAGUGGAGGAUUCCGUCCGACGAGUGUGCAUUUCAAACGUCUGCAAACAGGGCACAGCACUCGCUGAACCUGUUGCCGACGUGCUUCCAGCGACAGCAACCCAACAGUUCUGGGCCAAGUACAGUGGCUUGGAUUGCUUUACCUUCAUGUUGGAAGGUGAAGUGGAUCUUGAUGCAAUGCAAAAUGCGUGUGACGCGGUGGUGGAAAGACAUAGCAUACUCCGCACUGUUCUCACUCGGACCAAGUAUGGCAUGUUUCAGGUAGUUCUAGAGAAGGCCGAUAUCCGCCUUCGCCAUAUAACUACUAACGACGCCAUUUUGGAUGUUUGCAACAGCAUAUGUGGCGACUCCGUCGUGGGUCACGCUUGUCAGUUGGACCAACUUCCAACCCAAUUUAUUCUGGUAUCAGGGAGCAGGACGCGGCAUGCGCUGAUAUUUCGCUUGUCGCAAACCCAGAUAAACGCUUUCAGCCUUCCAAUAUUGUUCACCGACUUUGCAAGUGCCUAUGACGGCCGUUCGCUACCCCCUGGACGCCAUUUUGCCGACUAUACACGUCACAUCUUGCAACAGGACCAGACUUCCGGCUAUGAAUUCUGGCGAAAGUACUUGCAAGGCGCAACGUUGACGCCAUUCGGCCCAUUUACAGCGAGCGAUUCGGGAACUGCAGCCAAGAAACUCUCGAUCACCCUCAAGCUCCCAUAUGUACCAGAGGGUCCUGCCGGGGUCACAAGAGCCACCUUGAUCAAGGCAUGUUGGGCCCUGGUCCAGGCCCAGGUAUCCAAGCAAACCGAUAUUGUCUUUGGACAGGCCGUCGGCGGUCGAAAUAUCUUGCCCCCCGAGCUUCAAAACAUCGUCGGUGCGUGCCAAAAUUACAUCCCCAUCCGUGUCCACCUGCAGGCCACGUGGACUCUCGAUGAGUACCUUCACCACGUCCAGGAGCAAUCCUUCAAAACAGUAAACUAUGACGCCAUGGAGAUAUCGAAGAUUAUCCAGAAUAGCACCUCGUGGGACCCCGGCGCUUUCUUUCCAUGUUACCAUUCGCAUAUCAACAAGACUACCCGGCGCGAACUCCCAUUCCAGAGGAUCCUCAACACUUCACAUCGGCGUUUCGCGAAACAUGCCACACCCCCGACGACUGUGAUUGUCUCAGGCCAGGAUUCUAAUCAUACCGACCUUGGGGUGAUAACUUCAUCUCACACCAUGAAUGAAGAGCAGGCAUCUUCUUUGUUGGAGCGGCUGGCCGAUAUGUUGCAGACAUUUCAAAAGUGCCCUGAGAUGCGCUUGGCCGGGCUUUUGGCCACGAAGAGCGAUGGCUGGAUUUGAUAGAACUGAGUCGACUGUUAUAUAGGAACACACAAAGCAGACUAAGAAUAUGACGAUCAAUGAUAGGGGAUUUACGGGAUUUCUCGAGGACAUUAGACUACCUAUGGGAGUGGGAUGGGAGGCUGAAGCCGAACGUAUUAUUUCACCUGGCAUAAAUAUACCCAGAGAAAGCCCUUGAUCUUAUCAUUUUCGUUUCCAUUGCUCCGUACUUUCAAGUGCUUUUCCGUGUAUGUUGAG